AUGGAUUUAUAUGAUAAAAAUACUAGAAAAAGAAAAAGAAACUCCAAGCUUAUAAUAUCAUCAGGAAAUGAAGAAGACGACGUAGAUUUGACUGAAAAAAAUAAAAAAAACAAAUUAAUAAGCAGCGAUGUUGAUUGCAAAAAUGAACCAUGUGAACAGAACGACGCGCAAGGGCAAAGGGUCGAUGCGGAAUAUGACCAAAUGGAAGAAAUAAUCACCGUGGAUGGUGAUGAUGGUAAUUAUAAAUUAGAGGUGGAAGAAAAGCAACAAAUGGGAAAAAACGAACAAGCAACAAAUUCUCCCGUUCCAACCACGGAAAUAAAAUUAGAGCACGAGCAGGAAUUAAUUAAAAAAUAUGAUGACCCGUGUAAUAGCAACAACAUGCCCGGAAAAAACGAAAUGAUAAAAUUACAAAGUGGAAAAUUAACCAAAUUGGAAAAUAAGGGUAACAGCGUGAUGAAAGGAAAAAAAAAAAAAAAAUUCGCAGACCAUCAUUCGAACAAUAGCAUUUAUAAAAAUAUAGAAGAAAUACCUGUGAUCCACACAACAAUGGAAGAGUUAUCAAAUCCAAUUUUAUUUUUCGAAAAAUAUAAUUCCAUUGGACUAAAAUAUGGAGCUAUGAAAGUAAAACCACCCAAUUUUUUCGAACCACAAUUUAACUCGUACUAUCUAAAUAUGAAAUUUAAUAUACGAAAACAAAAAAUCAACGAACUGAAGCAUGGGAAGGAAUUUGAUCACCCUGAGGAGUACUGGUCCUUGUAUGAGGUGUACAAAUAUAACCAAAUGCUGGAGAAGAUGUACCUACCAAAAGAAAAAGAGAGCUUGGAAAAUAUCGAAAAGAAAUAUUGGGAAAUCAUCAAUAAAGGAAAAGAGCAAGUCGUUUCUAUAUAUGGCGCUGAUUUGCCCGUAUCCAAAAAUCAUCCUACGUGCCUAUUUCAUAACAACCUAAAACGGCUUGAGGACUCCGGGCGGAAUGACAGUGGUAGUGACAUCAGCACUGCGAACGGGAGCAGAUGUAGCAGUGUCAAGAGUGGGACCAUUGAAUCAUCGUGCGAGUCGAGUAGCUAUCAUCUGAAAAGGGGAGAAGAAGGGGACAGUGGUUUAUUACAUGCGGGUGAGUUCAAGGAAGAAAUGUGUGAAGACCCUACAAACGUGUAUGUGCCAUCGCGUGUGGAUAAACUAAAUGAUGACAUGAGCCUUUCGCUUCCCCUGGGGAACAGCAGUAACGAAGAUAAUAGCGAUUGCUCUAAUGGUCACUGCUCUAAUGGUGAUUGUACCAAUGACGACUGUACCAUUGACAGUGCAAACGCCCACCGCAUCAGUGAAAAUGGAAUUCACCACUGCUGCAAUGACAAUGCAAAUAACGAAGGGAUAGUGAGUGAGCACAAACGGGGUAUAAUAGAUGUGAUUAAUAUUUCUGAUCCUGAAAAUGUCACGAUGGAAGAAAACCGGGUCGAUAAUAGAGGACAUGCAAUAAACAAGAGCGAGGAUGAUACUUAUUUGGGCAGGGAUCGAAAAAAGGAUCACAGUGAUCAUCCAAGGGGUAGUAUCAAUGGGAUCGACACUGAUAGAAGAACCCCUAGUUGUGCAGGUGGUAUAAACGAAAUCUCUAGCACUGAAGGAGGUGUGUGCCAAAGCGCCAGUGAUAAAAAUGAUAGGAGCAAAGGGACCUCUAGUGGAGAGGUGAAAUUUUGUCACACGAGCAGUGAAACAAAUGUAGGAAAUCUAAACCCUGAUAAAAUGUUUAUCAAACAGAGAGAAAAGUACUACUCCGAAAUAAAUAAUGUAAUUAAAAACAUAAAUGAAAAUUUGAAUAUAAAAUCACUCCCCUUUAUAAAAGGAUCGAUGCUACGAAAUGUAGAUAUAUCCAUCGAGGGGGUUAACAUUCCAUGGUUAUAUGUCGGAACGCUCUUUUCCUCCUUCUGCUGGCACACAGAAGAUAAUUAUUUCGCUUCUAUAAAUUAUCAGCAUUGGGGGAAACCCAAAAUAUGGUACGUCAUACCACCUCUAUACAGUGACAAGGUGGAAGAUGUUAUUUAUGAAUACUUAAAAGAAAAUAGUAAUCAGGAGGAUGUGCUGAUGGAAAGAUCAAAUGGAAAAAUGAAAAAAAAGGAGCGCAGAAAUUUAUUUAAUAAUUCUGAUUUAAAAAAAAAACUCAAAGAAGAAAGCUCUAUUAUGCACAUUAUCGGAAGUGAGCAAAGGCUAAAAAAUUUGCGCAUUUCAAAAAAUAGCCCAAAUUUAACCUCUACGAAUCGUACUACUACUGGAAGUACUAGCUGCUCCAGUGCUGUAGUGGCUAGCACUAGCGCGACUGCCACUACUAUGGCUAGUAAUAGCCACAGCAAUAGUAGCAGCGCUAGCAGUAGUACGGCCACGAGCGCUAGCCAUAAUACACCUGAAGAUAAUUUACUCCUUAUAGAUGUCGAUAUAAAUAAUGCAGAUUUGAUAUAUAGAAAAUCUUAUUUGAAUUACAAAAUUGUGGAUAGAAAACAAAUUAAUUUUAAAAAAGAAAAUAAUAAAAAUAAAAUUUACAAAUUAACCAUACAAGUUCCAAUUGAGGUUUUUCUAAAAAAUAAGAUUCCAGUUUAUAAAAACAUUCAAAGAAAAAAUGAAUUUAUUUUCCUAUGGCCUAAAACAUUUCAUGGAGGUUUUAAUUCAGGCUAUAACUGCAAUGAAGCUUGCAAUAUUGCUCCCACAUUUUGGCUAUUUUACGGCUUACAGUCAUAUUACAAUUACAAAUAUUUUAGAAACACCUGUAUAUCCAUUCAUUUCAUUUUAUUUUCAAAUUUAUUGCAUUAUCAAGAAUAUACAUUUAGCCAACUCAAACACAUCAUAUACUCCCUGCGUUAUAUACUAACUGAUGAGUACAAAUUUUUUAGGGAAAGUAAAACGUUAUUUAUAGAGUUCACCCUAAAUCGCGAUGCCCUUUUUAAUAAUAAGCUUAUGAAUUAUUCAGGCUAUUUAUCUCUGGAUUUGAAUAAAAUGUACGCGAAUUUCGAAUGCCAGAAAAAUAAACACUUUUUUUUCCAAAACAUUAAGAGUAAACUGGAAUUUUUUUACAAGGAUUGCGAUGCCUGUAAUUCCCCCACGUUCAACAGUAAGAUUACAUAUAUAUGUACUUGCGUGAUAUACGAAUGGCGCGUACAAAUGUACAUGCAUUUUGCGCGAAUUAAAUGA